CCCCAGCUCUCCCUCCCCUUUCCUCUCGUCUUCCCUCCCUCUUCUCUCUUCCCUUCUUUUUUUACCCGUCGCCGCUCCAUCGAACUCCCACCCCAUUUUUAUCGCCGAGCCAUCCACCCACGCCCCCACAAACUCCCGAUAACAAUCUCGUUCCAAAUUAUGUCGAGCAUGACUUCCCGGAAGAGAAAGCAAGAAGAGGAGGAGGAGGAGGAGCUCGUUGCUCUCCCCAGCGAUGAGAGCGAAGAGGAAGAAGAGUACGUAACGGACGGUGACGAAGAGGAUGACGCCGACGACGUUGAGGAGGAGGACGAGGAGUACGACGAGGACGACGAGCCUGAAGAUGAAGAGAACGGCACGAAGCCCAAAGCCCCAGUCCCCGCACCGGUUCAGGCUCCUCCCAAAAAGAAGCUGAAGACGGUUGACGCCCCGACCGAACCCGUCCCCGUCGUCAAUGACGGCGAAGAGGAAGGCGGUGAAGGUGACGAAGAGGAGUUCGACGAGGACGGUGCGGAGGUCGACGAUGAGGACGAGCUAGAAGAGGAAGAGGAGGACGGGUAUGACGAUGAAGGCGAAGGCGAAGACAAUGAGACCAACGGUGUCGUCCUGCCCAAGAAGGUGGUGGUCGAGGUCGACACGGUCACUAACGGCAAGGCCAAGACAGCAACCGAAGUGGCCGCCAAUGGCAACGGUGUCGAGGCCGAGCAUUGAGCUUCUUUUCCUCGCCCGUCAACCCUCGCUUCACCUCAUCUCGUCUCGUCUCAGGCUGGGGCAACUCGCUGUCACAUACCACUAUCCGGGCUCUUGCUCACGUAGUGACGGUGAGCAGCUACGGGCGCACGCAUUGCCAGCCUGGUGUCCUCUUCGUUCUGAUGUGUUUCGGACCCUCCUUAUCU